AUGAGUACUGUAUAUCUGUAUUUAUCUGUUUUCAGAGUUGUUCGCACCAUUGGUUACAUGUUGUACAUGAUACAUCUCAAUACCUGUUGUUAUUAUGCGGUGUCAGUAUGGGAAGGAAUUGGAUCUAAUGGAUGGGUAUGGAAUGGAGAAGGAAACAGUUACAUCAGAUGUUGUUACCGGGCAACAAAGACUCUUAUUACUAUUGGUGCUCUACCUGAUCCGGUGACAACUUUUGAAAUAUUCUUCAUGAAUGUGGAUUUUAUUAUUGGUAUCUUCGUUUUUGCCACAAUUAUUGGCCAGAUGAGAGAUAUCCUUGGUGAUGCCACGGCAACCACAGAAGCAUUUCGAAGGAGAAUGGAUGACACUAUGAGACUAUUGAAUACAUGGAAAAUACCAGAAAGUGUGCAGAAAAGAGUGCGUAUGUGGUAUAUGUAUAACUGGGAAAGAGGAGAAUUACUUGAUGAGAAAGAAAUAAUGGAAGCAGUUCCUGUGAAAAUGCAGACAGAUUUAGCUAUACAUGUACAUAUGGACACUUUGAGUAAAGUCUCAUUAUUCCAGGACUGUGAUAAAAUGUUAUUAAGAGACCUUGUUCUUAAAUUACGACCAGUUUUAUACUUGCCAGGUGAUUACAUUUGUACUAAGGGUGAAGUUGGUAAAGAGAUGUACAUCGUUAAUAGUGGUAUUGUACAAGUGAUGAGUGCUGAGAACAAGGUUUUAGCAACAUUGCAUCCUGGGAGUGUAUUUGGGGAAAUAAGUCUGCUGGCAAUGGGAGGCGGUAACCGACGCACAGCUGAUGUAGUAUCACCAGGAUUCGCUAAUUUGUUCGUACUCAGUAAAAAAGAUCUUCAAGAGGCCAUCGUGAACUAUCCUGAGGCUCAAGAGAGUCUGAAAAGAAAAGCCAAAAGAAAAAGAUCUCCGGACAAGAAGAAGAAAGAAAAAGUUUUAGAAUCUGAUAAUAAACCAUCCUCGUUUGAUUCUGCAGUUAUUGUGCAUUCUUCUCCUAAAAGUGAAGGGGAAGCUAGCAAUGAUUCAUCAACCCACAAUACAAAAACAGAGAAGAGCAAAUCACCAGUCAGAUCAAUGGUCAGCUUGGAUCCAGACUCCUUUGAUUUGGACUCACUGUUAAAUGAAGAUAAAGCUGAGAUGAUUAAUGAGGAGAAAGUAAAAAUAAGAAAGAAAUCAAAGGAUUCCAUGCAAGCUGCCAUCAGUGAUAUUAUGAAGAACGUUGCCAGCUCAGACGAUAGCUCUACUCAAGCAAUCUCGGGUACAACAGCCACAAUUGAGAGUCAAGAUAAAUGGCCAACCAGUGAUGAAUCUAAAAGCAGUAGAAAACAGACCUCAUCAGGUGAUGAAUCUAAAAGCAGUAGAAAACAGACCUCAUCAGGUGAUGAAUCUAAAAGCAGUAGAAAACAGACCUCAUCAGGUGAUAAUUCAUUGGAUGGAUUAUCAGAUAUAUUGAAUGAUAGCUUCUCUAGUGGAGUAAUGAAAGCAGAAUUGAGACGUACUUCAAAACAUCAAGAUGAAAAUGAGAUGAGUGACUCAAAAAAGUCCUCACUGACAGAAAUAGCAUAUCAGCCACUGAAAACAAGUGAUAAACCGCCAAAGAAAUUGCCACCACUGACUGGACGUAUAUCAUCUUCUAGUGACUCUGCAGUUGCAGAACCACCAAAAAAAGCAUUGGCCAAACUUCCUAACAAAUCAAAACAGCUGCCAGCUGUGAGAAAAAAGGUGUCUACUCUGAGCAAGACAGAAAACAGGAAAUCAUCACCAAGCAGUGAACAUAAAAAAAUAAAGAAAUCUAUGUCAACGGGACAAACUUCACAACUUCGUGGUCCUUCCUCAAAACCUCCUGAUCAAAGUACUCCAUUUGCUGCUGAACACAGUGAAGUGAAGUUACCUGCACACUCUACAGCCCAAAAGGCUGUACCAAUGACUAAAAAGGCAGUGUCCACAAGUGGGCCUUCUUCAAAACCAGCAAAGAAAUCAUCUACACAACAACAGCCAGAAAGCACGCCUAGUAAACCAAGAGAUGCUGCUAACAAGUGA